GUGAGACUACAUUUUCAAAAUCCAGGUGGAUUUCGAAACUGCAGUCUCAUUUUCAAAAAAGAGAGAAGGCAUAAUUCUUGACAACUUUACAUCAUUGUAUUGAAUUUGUAAACCAAACUCAAUACAGUACUAGCUUCCCUCAAAUCAAUGAACAUUAAAUGAUGUUGAAUGUUAGUAUCAUUCUGUUAUUCAAAUGUGACUAUUCCUGUCUACUCCAUAAACUACGUGCACACAAAUUAGUACCAUAAAUAAAGAAAAGUUAAACCUCACAACUCCUACAAAACUUGGGAAGAAAAAAACUUUCUGAAAUAGCAUAAGGAUGAAAAGGUAAUAUAAUUCGCAUAUUUCAUUGUAUUGCAAUGAACCUUCACCAUAAUUGAUACACAAAUUGUUCAUUGGUAUAAUACUAUUAUUGUUUCACGGUACUACCACAGCAUACAAUACUUGCUGGUCUUGGAGGAGGCAUAUAUAGGUGUAAAAUAUCAAUAAUUCAAAGGAAUAUAGUAGCACAAACAAUUCUCUAGCAAGAUCCACACUACUUGUAAGCAUGUAGCGCAGGCAGGCAGGAUCAGGUGAGUCCUGGUUGAUUUGUGCCUUCAAUGAAUAAACUUUAUAUAAGUAAAUUGAAUAAAUCUUGAACUGAAAAGAUUAUGCAAAGAAAGUUACUGUUACUCUUUUUUGCCUUUGUCACCUUGGGUCUUGCCCCCUCCAUACCAAUGUGGAUGCCAAAGUCAGCAGUGGUAGACAAAGCAAUGAUGCAGUGGUGUUGCCAGUGACCACUCGAUUCAUCUAAUAGUCCUAGACCUAGGGUUCCCAACCUGGUGUACAUGUAGCCCUAGAGAUCCAUUUGCACCUUUCAGGGGGUACAUUAGGUCUGAGAGAAUAACCACUAUUAUAUAAUACAUGAUAUUGUAAUCUGCAUUCAGACUGUACAAUUUAUUUCCUCUCAUUUCAGCAAGCAAAGCUUUUACUUAAAAGUUAUAUCAAAAGUAGGGUGAAUACCAUUUUUUUCAACUAUUAUGAAACUUCCCAUGGCCGUAAUCUGCCCCUAUACCGGGCCUGAAAAGAUCAGGUAUGGGAUGUGUACACCAACUAAGACAGUGGCAUACAGCACCAUGCACUGGCCUGAGUUACUCAGUCUCACUGAUACUUGCAGCUUGUGGAAGAGUAAUAAUAUUAAUUGUCACCAGCUCUGUAGCCAUAGCUUUGUUGCAAGAGCUUCAUAAAAAGUUUACUACACAUAUAAAAAGAUCAGUGACAUUGCAGUCACAUGAGAAUUAGUGACCAUAAAAUAAUAUCAAAAUAUCAAUUCCACUAUUUUCUUUCCUUAACUUUCAGGGGUCCACAGGAAUCUAUAUAAAUGCCUAAUGUGUACAGAGGAACAAAAAGGUACUAUUGCUGCUCAAUCAUCCUAAGCCCCUCAUAGCAAGCCUUGACUCACACAGCAUCUCCAUGACUUGUCCCUCAACUGCUCAAGCCAAAGCGUCUACAAUGACCACCCUAAACUUUCAGUACGUAACCUGUACUUUGGCUUUUCACCAUCUGGUAUGUAUCUAUAUUAUCAACACAACAGGCACUUUAUAGAAAAUCAUGCCUUCUUGUCCUUUGGCCACUCACUCACGCCCACCAUAUUCCAGCAGUACUUAGCCUUUAUUCAGACUUAUGUAUUUAAUGGUUUAUAGAUACUUGAUAUUAGUAACAGACACAAAUCAUAUCUUUUUGUCAGCCCAUUUCCACCCCUAGCCUACAUUACAGAAUUAACUGUCAUAGCCCAAACGGGUGUCCCAUAAUCUUCCUAUCUUUUGGGAGAUACUAUGGGCUAACAGUCAAUGCAUCUAGAUCAGACAUACGUCAUCAGGUGUGUAUGAUAAUACUCUUCAAACUAUGAAAAAAAUUUGUCUGCACAAAUUAAUUUUUAGAUUUCUAAUUUUGAAAACAAUUUUGAAAUACUGUAUUAAAGUAUAUAAUCUAUCUAACUUUUCCAGCAAUGGUAUGUUAGGCUUAACCCAAUGCCGACGGGCAUGACGUGUACAUACAUGCUAUGCCCACUUACUGUGUAUAUGGCGUAGGUGCUGUCGGGAUUGCCAUAACGCUACAUAGCGUACGGGCGUUCACCAAAUUUAGAACGAUACCAGACAUCCCCAAGGAGUUCAUAAGCAAGCAUGUCCGUCUUCAUGGACAUGUUCGAUGGGUGGGCGUGUCCCCGCCCGGGACGGCGACGUCUCCGCCAAUACUCGCCUUGCCGGCCACCCACACCUCGAAGUCGAGUGAGUCAGCAUCAGACACUCAGCCGCCCUCUUCACUUGAAAGUGGAUCCAUAUCAAGUCCACUCUCUGUGACAAAGGAGGAAGACAAAGAAAAUGGGAAACGGCUGAAAGGGAGAGACUCCCGUAGUCUGAGUAGCGAUAACCGUGGCAUAUACGACGGCGCAGGGGAACUUCAUCCGUGGGAUGAUGGCAUUGAUCCUGACGUUGAUAGGAUAUUUUACGAAGAGGAACUUCGCCCUGUAUAUCUUCAGAUAGAACACAGCCCUGCUAUCCCCCUGUUAAGGAAAGGUGAUGACACGUGUCUCCCUCUGCACCUCGCUGAUGUGGAGGUUAGUCGUGCAGGGUUGCAACGUGCAAAAGAGCAGCUGAUGGGCAAGCGAGCGUGGUUCACUCUCAUCUCCCACGACGCGUAUGCCAACGCUCUCGUCUCCAUUGUCAAACCCGUAAAGUUCCUGCGACGAAGGAGCUUGAACGAGGAGCUUGUGCGAAGCGGCGAGGCGCUCACCGGGCCCAUGGAUCUGGACCUUUUCGACGACAAGGCCUACAACAAAUUCUACAGCCGCCUCGUCCAAGCCCAGACUACGCGGAAAGGAAGAAGAUCGGGUUAUGGAAGCCUCCUCCGGACCCACCCGGAGCGAUCAGCCUUCUGAAGAGGGUCUGGAGGAAGAUCAAGGUGCUCGUGGGAAGGACAGGAUGAAAGCUAGGUUUAAGGGUUAGGCAAGUUGAACUGCCCUGUGCAGGUUGUGUUCUUCACCCCGAGGCAGAUCACAGCUGUUCCCCCUUGCUUGUAACAUUUCGCAAACAAUUACUUUGGAUAACAAACUAAAUCCUUAAUAUGUCCCCUACUAUAUGUAUAUAUGCGUGUAUACUCACACACACACACACACACACACACACACACACACACACACACACACACACACACACACACACACACAC